GACACGCCCACACUCGCCACCACGUGGCAGACUAAAGGCAAAGCUUAGCAGUAUAUGCAGUGUUGAUGCUAAAAGGCUAGAAGAGAUGACUUCGAGCAGUGAAGAACCGAUACAAGAGUUGAUCUUGCCUGGUGUGGUAGGGGAGCCAUCAUUUAGUCGCCCGGGACCUCGCACAGUCGCCAUACCAGAGGAGGAGGAGGAAAACUUGGACAAUAUUGAAGAGACGCUUUCUGAGCGUUUGUAUGGUCUCACUGAGAUGUUUCCCCCUCGUCUGAUUGGCUGGUGUGGGAGUGGAUGGGUGUGGUCAUACUGGCUGGUGAGACGGUGUGCCUGGGUGAUGGGGACAUCAAUGGCUCUGUUAGUCCUCCCUCCCUUCAUUGAGCAGCAGAGACUCGAGUUUGAGGAAAUGCAGAAUAUGCAAAAGAAACAGUUGAUGCUUGGACAGGGUGCCUCGAUGUCUCAGCAAUCACUCACCCUACCGCCCACUCAGAUAUAACUAUCAUACAUGUAGUGACUGCUGUAGCUAGUGUUCGUAGCAUUGUGUGUGUGUGUGUGUAUAGUUUGUGUUAAUAUGAGUCCUCACUUUGUAUUCACAAGUGAAAUAUCAAUUGAAGGAUAGAG